AUGUCUCGUGAAACCGUGAGAAAACUCGAAAAGCUUAGGCUCAAUGACGAGCACGUCGAAAAACUCGCAAUAACGAAAAAAAUUCAAAACGAGUUGAACGCGGCGAGCGAUGAGAAGCAGUUGAGCUAUUAUCGGAAGACACUCGAAGCCGCUCAACAAGUCGAAAAAGAGCUCGUCGAGAAUGGGACGAAUCGAAUCAUAAUGAUUAGGAAGGAAACCGAUGAGAAUACGAAUUCUGCAAUUAAAGAAAUGAGAGAGCAAAGCCAAAAAGAGAUUGCGGUGAUGAAGGAAACUGCUGAAGGGUCGACGGCAGUGCUGAAGGAAACCAAAGACGGGCUGGAAAAGCUGAUUUCGAAGAGCCAAAAAGAAUUCGUUGAGCUCGGCGCACAGAAUCGAAAAGAUGAGAAGGAGGCGAAAGAAGCGAACGCGAAAAAAAUCGAGAGUGAAGAGAUACGAAAAAUGGGAAUUGAGAAGCAAUCGAAUACGGAAAUCAUGGGGCUGAAGAAGGAGCAAUUGGUCGCUGAGAAACAGAAUGCGCAGAAAUAUCGAGAGGAGCAUGAGAAAUUGACAAAUGAUAAGGUUGCAUCGUACAGGGAAGUUGCGAUUCAGAGAAAUGAAAUGACGACUGCAUUUAUUGGGCAUGCGGUGACCAAUAUCAAAGCGCGAAAAAUUGCAGAAGUGAAUUCGGAAAUUCAAAAAAUCAGGGCGAAUGUUGAAGCGGUGACCAGGGCGUUGCCAACGAUUAAAGAGAGAUUCUCAAAAAUGGCCAAUUCGGAAGCGGAUAGAACGCUGGAUUUCCAAUUUGCACGAAAUGAAUUGAAUAUCCUGAAUAGUUCGAUCAAUGGCUUCUCGAGUUUGAUUAGUAAUGUUAAACUGAAACUCUCGCGAUGCUCGUCGCUCGCUGAAAGCCAAACUCUUCACGCUCAACUCAACGCGUUAUCGGCUGCGAUCAAAGGCGACUACUACAAAUUGUACUCGCAAAUUUCGGCGCAUAUUUCGAAGCGCGAAAUUGCUGAUGAAAACACGCUGAACGGUUUUGAGAUGGCCGUCCACUCCAUUUGCACACUGGCGAAUGAUUGCCAAUUUUGCCAAGAGAUCAACAUGGAAGAUCAUGUUCAGCAAAACACAUUGUCAAUUAAAGCAUCACCGAGCAGUUCGGCUUAA